AUGGAUCAGAAAGUAGAAGAUAAUGUAGACCUUGGCAAACGGGGUGCCAGUCAAGUUACUGGUAGUCCAACCCGGUGGAGGUUUUGUAAAAAGGUGGGCAAACAUGCACCGUCAUCAAGCGACUGCCUCAGAAUCGGAACGUGGAACGUUCGAUCGUUGUUAAACCCAGGAAAGAUCUCGGGAGUAAUACAGGAGAUGCUUCACAUGAAUUUGGAUGUACUUGGUAUCGCGAAAACUCAUUGGAAAGAUGCUGGGGAAUUUGUCACAGAAAUACCAACUUCUCAUGAAAAGUUCAGAGUCAUUUAUUCCGGUGGAUCAAAGAGUAGAAAUGGAACAGCAAUUGUUUUAAAUGAGGAAAGUGCAAAGACCUUGAUGUAUUAUGAUACAUACUCGGAGAGGAUUAUGCUUGUGAAGUUGAAAGGGAACAAACAUGAUACUGUUAUAAUUCAGACUUAUGCACCCACAACAGUAGCAGAUGAAUCAGAAGGAGAUCAAUUCUACGAGCAACUCACUGAAGUUAUUAAAUCCAAUUGCAAAUCCAGAGAUAAAUUUUUUGUUGGUGGUGAUUUUAAUGCCAUAGUCGGGAACAUCUGCCAUGAGAAGAUUGUUGGCCCUUUUGGGCUAGGAUUGAGAAAUGAAAGAGGAGACAGACUGAUAGAAUUUGCCCAACAACAUCAUAUGCUCAUUACUAACACCUGGUAUGAACAGAGAGAGAGGUGUAGGCACACAUGGACUGCACCUAAUGGUAUCACAAAGAACCAAAUUGAUUACAUCUUAGUCAGUAACCGAUACCGCAACAGUGUAAGCAACGCCAAGGCGAGGCAUGAUGUUGACUGUGGCUCUGACCAUGAUCCCGUCAUCAUUGCAUCAAACACCAGACUCAAGAAGGUGUCGAGGAAUACAAACCUAAAAAAUGGAAUCUUGAAAGGUUAUCAAAAGAAAGCAAUCAAUUCAGAGGGAUGA